AUGGAAUGCUCGUACAAUGUGGGAGACCGUGAGAGUCAGUUAAAUUGUUACAGAAAUGAGGAGAUACAACGUGGAGUUGCUUGGAAUCAAAUAAUGCAAUUAUUAUUUAUAUAUACGAUUCUAUUAUUAUGGUUUAUACAUAUUACUCAACAAGUAACUAUUAAUCGUAGAUUAUAUCCACAACAAAUACAAUUUUCAUCCAUACCUGAACAAUUUAUUGAAGAAACUGAAAGUGUACAAGACAUAAAAGAAGGUGAACACGAAACAACACAUCGUUCUAAACGUUUAAUAGAUAAUCAACAAUUAUUAACAACAUAUCGUAAUCCAUUUGCAUCAUUAUUAAAACGUAAACGUCAUUCUAAAUCAACUGAUUCACGUUUAUCUAUAAGAAAAGAUUUUAUUACUAAUAAUGAUUCAAAAUGUGGUUUAAUGUGUCAUUUAUUAUGUCGUCCCGCACGUAAAGCACUCAUAAGAUGUGAAUCUUAUGAAUAUAGAAUCAUCAAAGCAUUAUUGAAAACCAAGAUGGUAGGAAUCACAAUGAUUGUUAUCCAAUGUCAGGCACCAACUAAUGAUAGCAAAAACGACAGUAAAGAUCAGUUCUAUGAGAGGCUACAAUCAAUCGUAGCCAUGUGUGCAGGGAAGGACCUGAACAUCCUGAUGGCAGGCCUGAACGUUAAAUUCGGUGUGGAUAACACUGAGUAUCCAGAUAUCAUGGAACGACACUGA